AAUCCUUAUUUUGCAGCCUUUUGGUGGUAUAAUUACCACGGUUUAUAUACCGGAAAAUUAACUAUGACCAACAAAUUUUCUCCAGUUGCACCAACAAACAAACAAAGAGCAAGCAAACCAACCCGAGGCAAGAAUAAAUAAACGUUUUUUAAGGUACGUUACCAUUUAUUCCGAUUUACUUCUUCUUUGUUCAACUAAUUAUCAACCAUGGUUUCAAUUGAAGUUAAAUCUCGUUCAAGAAGCUUAAAGGGUCUUUCAUCUGAUGAAUUAACCAUUGACUCAUAUGUCAGUGAGUUGGUUGAUUCAAUUGCUAAAUCAAAUCAUACUUACGCUAGUCGUAUUAGAAUCACUAUUUUAGAUCCAGCAACAGGUAAACAUAGACCAUUACUUGGCUAUAAAACAUUCGCUGAGAAUGGAAUUACUAAAUCUGAUUCAGAAACUAUUCAAUUGACUAUUAAAGAUUUAGGUCCUCAAAUUUCAUGGAGAACAGUGUUUAAAAUUGAAUACGUGGGUCCAUUAUUAAUUCAUCCUCCAUUAUAUUAUUAUUUCAGUCAAUAUGGUCAAUAUAAUCAAAAUCAAAUCCUUGCUUUUUACUUUGUUAUAUUUCAUUUCCUUAAACGUGAAUAUGAAUCGUUUUUCGUUCAUAAAUUCUCUAAUGAUACGAUGCCAAUCUUUAAUAUUUUUAAAAAUUCAGGUCAUUAUUGGAUUUUAAGUGGUUUCAAUUUAGCUUAUUUCAUAUAUGGUGCUACUGCUGACCAACCAAUUCCAUUCAUUACAUUAAGUGAAACUGCUAGGAAAUAUAUCUUUUACGUUAAUGAUUUCCCAUCUUAUAUCAACUACGCUAUUGUGGCAUUAUUUUUAUUUGCUGAAGUAUCAAAUUUAAUUUCACAUUUAAUCUUAAGUAAUAUUAGAAAGGGGGAUGAUACUAAGAAAUAUGUCAUUCCAUACGGUUAUGCAUUCAAGUUAGUUAGUUGUCCUCAUUACUUCUUUGAAUCAGUAUCAUGGUUUGCCUAUAGUAUUUUGGUGGGUAAUUGGUCAUCAUGGUUAUUUUUAGGUGUUGCUACUGUUCAAAUGUUUAUUUGGGCCGUUGCCAGACAUAAGAGAUAUCUUAAAACCUUUGGUGAUGAAUAUAAGAAAUUAAGAAGAGCCAUUUAUGUUCCUUAUCUUCUUUAAUUAUGGUAUUAUUUAUUAUGAUUAUUAUUAAUUAUUCAUUAGGUAUAUAUAGUAUAUAGUUUGAUUAUUUUUCAUUUUGGAUUAAAUUUAAGAGAAAUACUAUUAACACAAUGUCUGGCAUCAGUAGGAGUAUCAUAUCCUUCACCUUUAAAUAUAUGACCUAAAUGUCCAUUACAAUUUGAACAUCUCAUUUCUUCUCUUACCAUUCCAUGACUAGUAUCUCUAUUAACAGUAAUUGAACCUGGUAUAGCUUCAUAAAACGCAGGCCAACCACAAUGAGCAAUGAAUUUAGACAGCGAUUUAUACAAUGGUUGAUGACAUCC